CGCGGGCUGCGGCUGCUGUAGAUGAGUUCAGACAUAUAGUACACCCCAUAGGAGUGUGAACAUCAGCUACUUGCAGCGCGAGACCAAAGGAGAUGCUUUACUUCAAUACAGCAGCGCCGCGACACAACCGGCUCUAACCACAACUACAUGCACAGACCUCCAGAGACAGGGAUGGCUGGGAAGCCAUUCCGAGCCACAUACAUCUGGACGAACAUCAUCAACAACCUUCAGAUGCAGGUGGAGGUGAAGAGGAGACGCCACAAUCUGAAAAUCUACCAUGACUGCUUUCUGGGCUCCGAGGCUGCCGACGUGGUUCUGGCUCACAUCAUUCAGAGCAAGUUCUGCGGAGACGCCGAGGUGCCUCGUUCCAAAGCGGUCCGCCUCUGCCAGGCCCUCAUGGAGGCCAGAGUCUUUGAGGCGGUGGACACUAAGGUGUUUGGGAAAGAAAAGAGGCAAGCCAAGUUUGAGGACAGCAGCUGUAGUCUUUACAGGUUUCUAAACAGGCCGACCCCAAGCGCAUCAAGCAUACAGAGGAACACGAACUGUCCGCCCUACGAAAGGAAAGAAGAUUCUGUGUAUUCAAACAACUCACCUGUCAAAACGGAUAAGUCUCUGGAGGAUGUUUUGGGAAAUCUGAACAUGAACACAACCAUCACACCACAGAUGAUGAAUCUGGGGUUAUCACAGGAAUUGAUGGAUGAAAUAUGGCGGCAGCAGACUGUACUAAGACUCUUACAGCUGAUUGAGCUGCCGCUUCUGGAGAGCCUGUUGGAGGGCCAAGAGAGCCCUCGCCCGCCCCUCCACAGCAUGGACAGCGACCCAGACCUCCUCUACACCAGCAGCUACCUGGACCGUGAGAUCCUCAAGGCCUUCAGCGAGGCUCAAGCAGAUAACUGGUUGUCAGCGGCUGUGGACUGUCUGGAGUUUCUUCCUGAUCACUUGGUGGUGGAGGUGAGCCGAGGACUGGCCAAGUGUGCGGAGGAGACGUCCCAAUAUAAGCAGCUCCUCUACGGAGUCCUUGUUCAGCACUACGGCCAGUCGGACUACCCACCGCUGCUCAGCAACCACGUCUUUGACAUCCACUCAGGCGUCUCCGAGCUGCUUGUGAAUGGGAAGCGGGAGCAGGCGCUGGAGUCUCUGCAGCUCUGUCUGAAGCUGCAGGAUUCACGCAGUAGAGAGGAGCUCCGCAGGUUACUGCGCUUUAUGGCCCUCGCCGCCGGCCCUCAGGAGAUCAAACUACACAAAGAGAUAGAGAACAGAAUGGCAGUGAAGAGGGCGUUCUCCAAUGCUAUUGUGUAUGGGACUAAACUAGCCAAGGGGAAGGUUGAUCUUCUGGUUCUUUUCAUGAUGGACAACCACCACGACCUCUUCAAGAUUCCCGUCACAUUGCACAAACUUGUAAGUGAUAAACUGGCCAGUAUCAUCAAAGGAACAGAUCCUGACCUCAUCACAGGAACAACGUACUGUCGCCGUCUGACUGGAAAAGAUUACCUGGAAACAGUUCAGAAAACUACCAGAGAGGAGCUGUGGACGUUACUGAAAACUAUUCACGAGAACUCGAAGCUCUCUCUGAAAGAGAAGCGCCGUCUGCUCGGACAGUUCUACAAAGGACAUCCUGAAAUAUUCGUGCAAUAUUUUGGCAACAGAAUAUCCAGUGUUUAUAUUUAAAGAUCUUCAGUUAAUUUUAUAUUAUAUAUGUAUGAUAUGUAAAAAAGUAUUGUAAAUAUGUAUAUAUUUAUACCACUGUUAUGUCUGUAUUGAUGGAGAAUGAGAUUUG